AUGAGAACACCAGCCCCAUCAGCCCUGGAGACACAUCCGUAUUACUUUGCGAGGGCUGCUGUGACAGAGUACCACAAACUGGGAGGAAAAACCUCCCACUUGCUCCUCUCGGGCUCCCUGCAAGGAGAGAGUAGAGACACUCCUGCCACCCAGUUGCAAGAAGUCGCCACUUCCCCCUCCAGCCGACUGAAAGUUCGGGCGACGUCUGGGCCGUCAUUUGAAGGCGUUUCCUUUUCUUCAAGAACAAAGGUUGGAGCCCGAGCCUUGCGGCGCGGGUGCAGGAAAGUACAUGGCGUGUGUCGAGAGAAAAAAAUACACACACGCAAUGACCCACGAGAAAGGGAAAGGGGAAAACACCAACUACCAGGGCGCUGGGCUUUUUCGACUUUUCCUUUAAAAAGAAAAAAGUUUUUCAAGCUGCGCGGGCUUCCUGUGCGCGGCCGAGCCCGGGCCCAGCGCCGCCUGCAGCCUCGGGAAGGGAGCGGAUCGCGGAGCCCCGAGCCGCCCGCAGAGCAAGCGCGGGGAACCAAGGGACGCUCCUGGCACUGCAGGUACGCCGACUUCAGUCUCGCGCUCCCGCCCGCCUUUCCUCUCUUGAACGUGGCAGGGACGCCGGGGGACCUCGGUGUGAGGGUCACCGCCGGGUUGACUGGCGAGGCAAGGCGGGGGCAGCGCGCACGUGGCCGUGGAGCCCGGCUCGGUCCCGCGCGCGCCUGCGGGUGCCCCCUGGGGACUCAGGGGUGUCGCCUCGCCCGGGACCAGAGAUUGCGCUGGAUGGAUUCCCGCGGGCAGAGGCAGGGGGAAGGAGGGGUGUUCGAAACCUAACACUUGAGCUUCUUUGCAAGUUUCCUUGGAUGGUUGGGGAGGUACCUGUAUAAUGGCCCUGGACCAGCUUCCCUGUUGGAGCGGCCAGAGAAGUGUGUAAAACACACUAAAGGGGCAGGGUGGAAAAACAGACUGCCUUCAAAACUUGUAUCUUUUCUAUUUCAUUUUGAAAAAUAACUACAAAUCUAUUUUAAUUUUACAAAGUUAGACUCAUAGCAUUUUAGAUAUCAAUGCCUUCAUUUAACAGAAGUGAAGAUGGAGCAAACGCUCAAUCAGCGUCUGUAUUUAUUCGCUCCUGUUGUGCCAGGGUGCGUUUUUGCCGAGCGGUUGCCUUUCUUUACUCUCACAAAACCCCCUUGGUGUCUGUCCUCCACGUUUGACGAGGGAGAGCCGGAUCUUUUGAAGUUUGUAUCAUCUAAAGCAGGUAUAUUGGGAUGACUACAGAUAGAAUUUAACCUGAAAAUACUGAAGUCGACAGCUGACAAAGAUAUAAGAAUCCAAAGUAUGUUAAAAAUUAAGGAGCCGAGGCCCAGAGAAGUGAAGUUACUUCUCCAGCAUCACACAGCAGAUCCAGGACCCUGUGUGAUUUGAAAAGGCCAAGGUAUCUAAUGAUGCUCAUAAUUUAGUUUACAUUUUGUGUCAAAUAGAUGAGGUCAAGUGGACAUUAUGUGUAUAUUCCAAAGCCAAAAUUACUGCUUGUAAUAUCCAUUCAUCUCUCCAAAGAAGUAGUGCCUCUUUUAUAUGGCUUUAACCUAAUGUAUAAUCGAAGUGAAUUAGGGCAGCCGAACUUUUAAUCACAGGACUGAUCUUUUAAAAAUGGGUAUAUGUAAAGUUAAUUGCUUAUCUAUGUGAACAGUAAUAUAUGCUAUAAAAAGUUUUCAAGGCAACUUCCUGCCUGUGGUUUAAUUUCAUAGUCACAAUGAUAGGAAAUUGGCAGGGUUAGGUGGUGGUAUCCACAUUUUGCCCAUGAGGACUUGUGGCUCAGAGAAUUUGAGUUUUUUCUAGUAAGGUCACUAGGUCCCUAGUGCACAGCCUGCUUUUAGGUACGGAUGUGGGAUGGGGGUGUCGGCAGACCACAGGGUUUUGACUCUCAGUUUGGGCUCAUUUCCAUGACUCCUUGCUGCCUCCCUGAUUUCUGUCAAAUGACCAAAGCACAUUUAGUAAUUACUUCUGCUGCAAGGACUACUCCUUAUUAGGCUGUGAUAAGCAAGUUUCCUCACAUAGUGGGUCAGCUCACUCUGGCCACAGGACCCAGCUUCCUAACCACACACAUUAAGAAAGAGAAAAAUUAGCACUGUCUGAGACCUACAACCACUUCAAGGGAGAACAGUGGUGUCUGCACAAAUGUCUACUUUUGCUUUAACCUAGUCAUGUGUAAAAAGUGUAAUUUACUGGUCUUUACCAAAAAAAAAAAAAAGUCAUCAUAGUCUGCCUGUGCUGGACGCUAUGCUAGACACUGGAGAGACAAAGGUGAGCAGGAUAGGCACAACCCUACCCUUACAAACCCAGAAAGUUAGAGGAAAGGCCAUCAGGACGUUGCUGUGCAAUUUGAUAUCAUUUCAAUUUUGGUAACAUAGAUACUUGAACUAAUUAGAAUGUGCUACAAAUUUUGCCAUUCUUUACUUUCCAUGUGCCAACAUGGAAAAUUUGUAACCUUCAUCUUUAAAUACCUCAUCUUACCAGUCCUCUAUAAAUCAAAAAAUCUACCCCAAAAAGCCCUAGGUUUUAACUUUGGAAAGUUUUUUUUUUAUCAGCUUUUCAUGUCAUGACUAAGAUCUGCCAUUCAAUUUAAAGGAAUUCUUUCAUUUUAGAGUAAUAGUUAUUAAAAUCCUUUAUUCCUACCUCCUUGAGAAUCUAAUGGAAAUUUUAUAUGCUCUUCCCAGAAAAUUUUUUUUAAUGUGCAUCCUCGCACACCAUUUUGCAUUCGAUGUCAGCAGGCUAGAGGCUUCCUUGAAACUCAGCCAUGACCCUCUUCGGGGGUCCACUUUCAUAAUCAGUAUUCUAAACCUAGUGGGCAUAAAUAGCUUGAAUAGAGGAAAGUGGUAUGUAGACUCUUGCCCUUCACUUGGACUGGGCACCUCUAUCCUUAACUAGCUGGUGUCUCCAUUUUUGUUAGUCAUUGGCUAUUGCUUAACUGAAGCUAUUGAUUUUCACAGCCUUAUUGUUUUGAUAUCAGGCUGUCACUCUGCAGAAGCCUAAUACUGGGGAAGGAGCACCAGCCUGAGAACCAUGGUUUGUUUCUAGGACCAACUCUGCAGAUUUCUGUGCCUCAUUUUGCUCAUCUCUAAGAUGGGUGGUUGAUGGGUGGCAGGGACUGAACCAUUUCUAAAAUCCCUUACACUGAUGAAAUUUUGUGAUUCCAGUGUAACUACCAAGCUCACUUUCAUAUACCUCCUGAGACACAGCUGGUCUUAGUGAAUUUAUAUCCUCUAUGUCCAAAGUAAGUCAAAGUAAGUACCACUAUAAUUCACUAUAGAAUGUAUUUUUGUCUUUCACUGAUCUUACUGGACUCAAAACUGUUAGAUGUUUCCUCAAAUUAGAUAGAAUAAAAACAUUGUGAAACACUACUUUUCAAGGAAAAAUAUUACAAUCUUAAAAGCCUCUUUUUAUCCUACCUCUCAGUAGCUUCAACUUUCAUAUGAGUUAUAUAUAUAUAUAUAUAUAUAUAUAUAUGAAAAAAUUUUUCUUAUCUCAGACUCUUAAAGAAAUGCAAUGCUUUUAGUAUGAUCACUGCUGUGUAAUUCUCAUCUGCCCUGAAACACUUAAGUUCUGUCCAUCAAUCAAUCUAUUUGGGCUUACAAUAUUCACAGCCUCAAGCAAAACCAGCGCAAAAGCACAUCUAUCCUCAAAUAAGCACAUCAUAUGUCUGAGCAGUUCAGCAUCCUCACUCACAAGUCCAAGGCUCUCAGCAAUGUGGAAGAUAUGAUUCCUAAAAUUACCACCCUUACACACAGUGACACACUCACCAGAAAAUGAGGCUUAACAUAGCUUAAGUGGCCAUAGUUUAAAACAGAUUGUGAAUAUCUGUGCUAAUUCUGAGAAAAAUUAGCAGAGAUAUUAAUCAAUUAGCACAGAUCACUAAUAUCUGUGCUAAUUGUUAGGACGGAUUAGCACAGAUAUUGCUACCUUGUGUGGGUAGACAGGGUUAAGGCACUGGCAGAAGGAAAGAUUAGUGAAGAAUAUCAAAUAGCUGAUUUAAUGAAAUUGUGAGGCCGAUGUUCGGAUAAGGUGAAACAGUGCCCUACAAUGACAUUUAUGCCAGUUCUCCAUAAACAAGAGUGUUCUACACAAA